AUGAAGUUCACCACACUCCCCAUUCUCUUUGCCGCAGCGACUGCUGUCACGGCCGAGGAGUUCGAGCGUCUGCACCUCCCAAGUCCGCAGAACUGGAUUGCAGGCAGCAGACUGUUCCCGGGGAGCAUCAUUGCGGGAUACAACGCCGACUACGACAAGUACGAUGCAAAGUCGUGGGCUCAACAUGUCCUGACCCAGUGCAAAGGCUAUGAGGCCUGCACGUCGUCCCUUUCCUUCUCAGGCAUCAAUUCUGGAACCCCCAAGGAGAGAGCGUGGUUCGGAUACGUCUUUCGCGGUGGGAAAACGAAAGAGUCCGAUUUUCAGAGAGCGGAUGAUGUCGAGGACAGCGUUGUCUAUGUCAAGGACGACUAG